UGGAACUACAAGAAGGGCCUGGAAUCCUGGAGUAGUAUUUUGUUCUCCAGACUCGCCAGAGAGAAGUAAAGCGCGGCGUGUAUACAGAAUCUGCAGAUACAUAUAUACAUAUACAUACAUAUAAUUCUCAAGCUCUUCUGAAGCACACGAUACGAUACAUGGCUACACCCUUGAUAGUAGGUCUUGCAGUUGCUGCCACGGCGUAUGCUGGAAAGUACAGCAUCCAAGCAUGGAGUGCUUUCAAAGCAAGACCAGCCACAGCUAGAAUGCGCAAAUUUUAUGAAGGAGGUUUCCAACCUACUAUGACAAGAAGAGAAGCAGCUCUUAUUCUCGGAGUCAGAGAAAGUACGCCAAUAGAAAAGGUCAAGGAAGCUCAUAGAAGGGUGAUGGUUGCAAAUCACCCAGAUGCAGGUGGCAGCCAUUAUCUUGCUUCUAAAAUCAAUGAAGCAAAAGAUAUGAUGCUUAGAAAAACCAAGGGCAGUGGAUCUGCAUUUUAAUGGUGGGGAAGUAGCACUAGUAAACUAUUCAGAAAGAGGCAUAUUUCUAGAGCUGUGAAAUUUUACAGGGAAAGCAAAUUUUCGGAGUGAGAGAUUCUGCUUUAGUAAACUAUGAAGUUGGCUUUCGUUGCAGGUUAUACGGAUAGCUGCCACAGAAGAUAUUGUACCAUUAGAUAAUUGAGGAUUUAAUGCAAAACCUUUGGAAGCUUUUUAUUUUAUUAAUUUGAUGAACACAACUGUUUAUUACCUUCAGUAAUGAUAGAAGGUACUCAUAACUUUCACUAUUGCAAAAGAUGACUUUGUUCA